AUGAACGCAGUCACUUUCCCGGACUUGGAGACCAUCUCUCCGUAUCCCUCGUCUGCAAAUAACAUAUAUGAUCACCAUCAUCAUCCCAGCGACAGCCAGGACACCCACCCGCUAACCCUCCGCGUAUUCUCAAACCUGCUCGGUCUCAGCAUCGCCUCUGUCGUCUUCAUCUUCGCCUCCGUCGUCAUCCUCGUCGUCGGCCUCGUCGUCAUCGCGCUGCUCGUCGCCGCGCUGCUCUGCGCGGCCGCAAGCAGACGCAUUGAGUUCGGCGGAGGGAGUUCGAUCGAGGCAAAUCACAGGAUGCACGUUGCAGGAAAACAGUCGAGUAUGCAGAAAUUGAUGACAGAAAGCGCGGGCUCGAUCAUGAUCAUCAGCGAGUCUGAUGUGAUCCCAGACUACGCCAUCGGCAACCCAUCUCUCCGACACGGCUUCUCCCUCCGUCGCUCCAAGACCGGCUCCAUCAAUAAACCAAACAGCAUCUCAGACUCAAAGCCGUAUUACUACAGCGAGCUCCUGGUCAGAGAACAAAACAGGAUCUAUCUAGAACGAAUGCGUCAUCAAACCGCUACCGCCGCCGCUGCUGCUACCGCCGUCUCGUGCCUUGCGCUCUGGCUGUUGAAUAAGCGGCUGAUGAGGUAUUUCUUGGAUAUCCGCGGCAGCAAGAUCAGUGUGGUGUUCAACAAAUUUGUGGUCUCGAGGAAGAAGAUGAAUACUAUGAGUUUGGGCAGUGGGAGAGGUGAAAAGUAA